GAGAGACGCGCGCUAGUAACGCACGCACUGCCAUGAACUCCGGAGCGUAAAACUUCGCCGUUUUUUCGGUCUCGGACGCACCGCUGGGAAACCUACAAGCGAUUUUCCUGCUUUAACGCACCCGAAUUCGACUGACGGACGUUCGGAGAGUUCGCAGCCCUCGUGUUUUUCUUUCUUCUCCCCCCCAGAAGCAUGUCCUCCGCGGCGGUCGCCGCCUCGCGCAGGCAGUCGUGCUAUCUGUGCGACCUGCCCCGCAUGCCGUGGGCGAUGAUCUGGGAUUUCACGGAGCCCGUGUGCAGGGGGUGCGUGAAUUACGAGGGCGCGGAUCGCAUCGAGUUCGUGAUCGAGACCGCCCGGCAGCUGAAGCGGGCUCACGGCUUUCAGGAGGGCAGGUCAGCCGGAGCAGCGGGCAAGUCUGCCAAAGACAUGCAGGCGGUGAACCACGCGGCCGGGGACGGUAGCUCUCGGGUGCAGCCACCACCACAGCAAUCGUUAGUAGAUCGUUAUUCUCUCCCUCCGGAUAGACCGCCCCGCCUCGGGCCUGAGUACCAGCCCGGAGCCAGGCAGGCGAACGGCCUCCCGGUGCCCAACGGAUUCCCUAAACCGGACGAGCCGCCCGAGCUGAACCGCCAGAGCCCGAACCCACGCAGGACAAACGCAGUCCCGCCGAGCCUCGUCCCGCUGGUCAAUGUUAACGGGAGCAUGCCCGUGCACGGUAUGAACGGCCGCCAGCCCCCCAUGGGCCUGUCGGUGGCGUUAGCCGUGGAGCACCAGGGGAAACGCCUGGACGACGGCAAGGACAAACACCGACCCGACAGCGUGUCCGAGCACAGCGAGAGUCACAAGCGCGCCGACGAGUGGAGCAAAGGCAAGACCGUGCGCGACCUCAUGGCCCUGCAGCACCCACUGGAAAGCAGGUUUAAAAAGGAACAUCCAGCCAUGCAGCAUAGGAUGGGAUACGAACCGAGCUCUGCUUCCUCCAAAACAGACAGAGGCAAGCAGCCACGGAGCAGCGUGAAGAGAAAAGCCUCCCCGGAGCCGGAGGGCGAAGGGACCGUCCCCAAGCUGAACGGCGAGGUCCAGCCAUGGCCCCCUUCUCCUGCUGAAGUGCUGAAGAUGCCUGCUCCGGGUAUGCCAGGCUACACCGGAGCUCCCCCUUCCACCAUGUCUCCGCACCCACGCACGACGCCACCCGAGGCUGCCAUGGCUGCACAGAACGGCCCGUCUCCCAUAGCCGCCCUCAUCCAGGCUGCAGACAACGCGGGCACCAGCUCACCCAAAGACCAGGUGCACUCCACCACCGCACGGAGGAACAGCGGCAGCCCGCUCUCGCCCUCGGGCCAGAGGAGGCUCGCCCAGAGGGACGUCAUGGGCCCAGGGGUGGCGGGCACGGCCGCCGCGAGCACGGCCGGAGGCCACGUCCCGGGCGUCGUAGACCCGCAGGCCGGGCACCCACAGAGCAUUCCGGACUCAUCGGUGGCCCCGGGCAGCGUCCCGCUGUGCUGCACCUUGUGCCACGAGCGCCUCGAGGACACACAUUUCGUCCAGUGCCCAUCCGUGCUGUCACACAAGUUCUGCUUUCCCUGCUCACGAGAAAGCAUCAAGCAGCAGGGCGCCAUGGGCGAGGUGUACUGCCCCAGUGGUGAGAAAUGCCCGCUGGUGGGCUCCAACGUGCCCUGGGCGUUCAUGCAGGGGGAAAUAGCCACCAUCCUGGCCGGAGAUGUGAAAGUAAAAAAGGAGAGAGACCCUUGAUUUUUCCACUUUUCUGUUUCCCUCUCUUUUGUUACUUUUGAUCUUCUCGCAAAAAACAUCCAACCUACAGCAAAUGACGUUCACAAAGCAUAUACGAUUUCAGACGGACUAUAAAUAAAUCAGAUCUCACGCCAUCCAAGCAGAAUUUAUGGGACAUGUACAUAUGGACUCAAGGGAAGUGUACACUUCAUAAACAUGGCUGUAUAAAUUUUUUGAUUUUCCCUUUUUGAAUACUUUGUUUCUAUAUUUUUUGAAGAUGAAAAGGUAUGUACAUGUUAUAACAGACUACUCUCGCCCCCUUUUUCAGUUGUUGUUCAAUGCCAAUUAUCAGUGUACUAUUAGAACUGGUGGCAGUCCAUGUUUAAGCAUAGAAUGUGACUAAAACUACUCUAUGAGCACUUGGCAAACCUGAAACGCUUCUAGCUGUACUUGUAUGCACUUGUUUAAAAUUGCCAAAUACAAUUUUUGACCUUGUAAUAACA